AACACGGCGUUGUUUCGAAGUUUUUAUUUUUAAUUUUUGUGUAAGGAAUUGUGUUUGCGCAAAGAUGUGUGAUGUCCGGAAUCUGAUUGACUUGACUGAAUGGGAUGAGCCCAAUAAGGAGAUGUUGCUCGAGGAGCCGGAGGAUUUGGUCGUUGUCUCAAACUUUGAGGGCCCCUACGAUCCCUUCGAUUUGAUGGAGAAGGAAGCUUGCAUUAAGGGGAUGACCUUGAAGACGCAGAUAAAGGAAAAGGUGUCCAGUGCCGAACGACAGUAUCCUGAUCUUGAUAACGAGAGUCCUCCGGUUUGCAUGCAGACAGACAAGAUGUCAGUAUCGUCAGAAACAACACAAAAGAAGCGCUCGAACAGCUCAUUUCAAAAACAGUUGCUGAAACUGAAUGCCUCACGAUCCGUGAUUAACACGCCGCCUCAGAAUCGAUCCAAAACGGAGUUAGAGCAAACUAUUAUGAACGAAAACCUACAGAUGUUGGCGGCAGAAUCGCCGCUGAAGCUUAUUGAGGACGACGACGUUAUGUCCUCUAGUAUCAAUUUCGAGGAAGACCUUAAAAUGCUACGCAUACCGAUUCUUGAUGCUUUAAAUAAUGCAGAGCAGAAUGAAAAAGCAGAUGAACGCCUCAAGCAAGCAAGCGAAAUUUAUGAUAUAAGUCAAGAAAGUCCAAAAGAGCCACCAAAACAUCGAUCAAAUAGCAAAGAUUUGGGUCAACUAUUGCAGGAUCUUAAGAUAUUAGCCCACGAACACGUCGAAAGGACCAAGUGGCAUAUAUUUGACACGGCAAUUGAAUCCAUUGCGGCAGUCAUUUUUGGUCCCAAUAACAAUUGUCUUGAGGCCCGGACAGAACUAACGAUUCCACCGUCUUACUCAUACACCCGCCAGGGUACAUUUGAUCUCGAACUUCAGGGCUCAAGGGCAAAGCGUUCAUUAGAUGCCAAUCAGAUUCAGGAGGAGGGGAGCGAGGAGCUUGGUAAUAAGGCUCAAAACUUUCCCGAUGCCAUGGUCUGCUCUACAGCCACUUUCGAUGGCGAAUCCCGCCUGGAGCCAUUCGAUAAGAACUUGCCAACGAUACCUUCUAUAUUACCAUCCAUACCAUCGAUACCUUCUGUUCCAGUAACCAGAAAAGAGCCCUAUAUGACAGAGUUGGUGGACGAAACUCUCGCUCUGCAGAUCAACGAACUCCUGGAACGGCACAAACUUGCAAAGGCUGGUGAUCAGGAACAAAAACAAGGCAUUGAUCCGAGGACAGUCAUACUAUUGGUAAAUCCCAGCAGCUACAGUAAUCAGCAAAUAUUUCCCUCCAAUUGCAUUGAGAAAGCGAAUCCGAUGCCCUUAAGUGAUUCCAAUACAAUGCGUCGUCGAUCAUCGUCACUGUCCAUACAAGACAAGUCUAAGCUGCCUAGGGAAGUUUUGAAAUCCGAUCGACAAGUAGAAAAUCUUCCGCCGCCUAGGGAAGCUAAAAACACUGCCACUGUUGGGCCAAUGGGUGCAGCAGCUUCGUUUCGACAGAGAAGCAACUCCUUUUCCACACCCAGUAAUCCGUCCACUAAGGCCUACGAAAAUAGGCGCACCCUUAUGAGCAGCCGUUUGAAGAAUCCAUCAAUAACAGAAUCGAUGGUAAAGCCCAGUGGAACCAUCAAGGCAACAAAGCCUAUCAAACCCGUUGUUCCGAUUAUGAAGGUGACUGCAAGUAGCGAGUCCACUUACCUGAAUCCCGUUCAUCCACGAAUCCCAGAGACGCCCAUAUCUUCUAGGACCAAGCCUACCCAAAAAAUGUCCUGCACAAGCACACCGCUGCCGGUCCCAAUGCGGUCCCAGCAACGCAGAUCCCUAAAGCCAAUGGGCAUGGCCGCAGGCUCAGGAACCGGAGGCCUGUCGAAUACCUCCUACACGACGCCAAGCUUUAGGGGCCAGAGCUUUGCCAAAAAGUCCGGUUCCGGAUAAGUUGCAUAGAGUAGAGAUAGGAAGCACUUGUUUGUCCCGUGGCGGUGGCGCAAUGUCGCCUGAAAGUGAAUCCAAAUGUGAUGUCUGAGGUCAAGUUUUUAACCUUGAAGAUAAACCGACAAUGUGAAUACGACGGCUUGGCUAUCUCUUUAUAUUUUUGGUUCUUGUUUCCUUUCGCCUGACGUCACAAGAUAAAGCCAACUGAUAUGCCAUCUGCACUAAAUUAUAAACUUUAGCCACCUAGUUUUCGUUUCUAAACGUUUGUCUAUAUAACCAUAAUUUUAUAUUUACUUUAGUUAAUGAGAACCAAGUUAAUUAGUUAUUUUAACUUUUUAGAAUGCCUAGCCACGAAGGAUAAGUUUCUGUUUAAUUGCAUUUUCCAAGUCUGAAAUCUCAUUGAAAUAUAAUAUAAUUUUAAUCAAAUUGCAGUAUACUUUAGCGUACUACUAGAAAAUAAUAAUAACGUUUAUUUAAAUAACGCAACUGUUAGCCGUUUGACCACAAUAUCCUAUAUUUUCAAGACUUUAAAUCUUUAAAAAAAAAAUUACCCGAAUUUAAAAUAAGUCGCUUGCAAAGCACAUCCUUUGUAAAAUCUGUUUAAUUUUCCACUACUAAAUUGUCUUCAAAGACCACUUUAAGAAUUCAAUAAAAAGAGAUUAUUAUUUAAA